AUGUCAACACAAACACAGUACUCCUUCAGGUUCUCAGUGUGGAGUUGUGUGGCCUGUUAUUGUAUUUUCCACAUCACCUGCAUUCAGAAAUGGGCCAAAGACUCCAUCUUCCUGGUGUCCUCAGUGACCGACGAAGAUUUUGGCAAAAAAGAUCACCCGUGGCCGUGUCCCAAGUGCAGGUAUGAAUACAGUCCUCAUCAGACUCCCACUCGAUAUUACUGCUACUGUGGGAAGGAGGCGGAGCCUGCACCCGACCCCUGGCUCCUCCCACAUUCCUGUGGCCAGGUGUGUGAACGUGAGUUUAAACCAUCAUGUGGACAUCGCUGCCUGCUGCUGUGUCAUCCAGGUCCGUGCCCCCCCUGUCCUAAGAUGGUGAGUGUUUCCUGUCUGUGUGGGAAGUCGUCCCGUGUUCCGCGCCGCUGCAGCGCUAAAGCCUGGAGCUGCGCACAGAUCUGCAGACGGACGCUUCCGUGCCGAAUGCACACCUGUGCAAACACCUGUCACGCAGGUGACUGUGCUCCGUGUCCGAGGGUCAGUCUGCAGAUGUGUGCAUGUGACCGGCAGCGGACCGAGAGACCAUGUGCCAGUCCAGAGUGGCACUGCGACCAGGUGUGUGGUCGUCCGCUGUCCUGUGGGAAUCACACAUGUGAGCGUGUGUGUCACACAGGUGUGUGUGGAGAAUGUCCUCGUGCAGGAAACCGAUCCUGUUCCUGUGGCAAGACAAAGAGUGUGUUACCAUGUACGGUGGAUGUGCCCACCUGUGGAGACACCUGUGGGAAGAAACUGGACUGUGGUUUACACACCUGCUCAAUGCGCUGCCACAGAGGAGCCUGUGAGACCUGCCGACAGGAGGUAGAAAAGACGUGCCGAUGUGGCCGCUACAGCAAACUCCUGCCCUGUCAUAAGGAAUAUCUCUGCGAGUCCAAAUGCAACAAGACACGGGCCUGCAGCCGACACCAGUGCAAGAGAAAGUGUUGUCCAGGGAGCUGCCCUCCGUGUGACAUGAGCUGCACUCGAAUGUUGGGCUGCAGGAACCACAAAUGCCCGUCUGUGUGUCACCAAGGCAGUUGUUAUCCGUGUCCGGAGAUGGUGGAGGUGCGGUGUGAUUGCGGCUCGACUGUGAUCUCUGUGCCCUGCGGGAGAGAGAAAAGCACCAAACCGCCGCGCUGUAAGCAGCUCUGCAGGAAGCCGGCGUUGUGCCAUCACUCGUCUCAGGAGCAGCACCGGUGUCACUCC